AAUAAAAUUGUUGAUCUGAUUCUGCAAUCUAAAGAUUCUAUUUAAAUUAAAUGCGAAUAUAUGUUUUUUCUCUCAAUUAAUGAAUGUACUAUAAAUUAUUAUUAUUGUAAAAAAAUAACAAGAAGUAUUUGACUUUCCCUGUUCAUUUAAACUCAAAAUGACGAAUCUAGAUGUAAACGAUAGCACAACUGAUAGUAGCUCGGGCUCUUCUUCAGAUUCCAGUAGUAGCGGUAGUUCGUCAACCAGCUCAGGAUCUGGGUCUUCAAGCUCUGACUCUGAAUCAUCGACUUCAGAUACCCCACAAGCAGCUGCAGCUCCACCUCCAAAGUCACCAACGAAAUCCACCGAAGAACCUAAAAAGAAAGAAGAACCAAAACAACAGAGACGCCCAUCUAAAAGUAACAAAGUAUCCUCAUCAAGUGAUGAUGAUACUCCUAAAGUUGUUAGUCCCAAACCCCUUCCACCAAGAAGAAGGUGUUCUGCAAAGCCUAAAUCUGCUGCUACAGUACUUGCAAAGGGCAAACCUGCUCCUCGUGUACCAGUUGGGGCAAAAACACCUAAACCUACUCCAAAGAGCACAUCAAAGCCUGCUUCAAAAUCAGAUCAGAAAAAGAAAAGUAUUUUCUCACCAGACAACAGCUCGGAAUCAGACUCUGAAAGCAAGUCACCUAAAAGCCCUAAAGCUUCACCAAAACCCAAAAGAGGGUCAAGAAAAUCUAGUGAUGAAAAAGAAGCAACUAUAGAAAACGAGGACAAAAGCAGUAAAGACAAUGCUAAACGUAGAAGCAGCAACCGUUCAAGCGGUCCUCCUCCAAAAAAGGUUGUAGAAGAGAAGCAAAGUGCAUCCUCAUGUUCAUCCAGCCAAUCUUCUGUUGAAUCAGUGUCUUCAGAAAGUGACAGUGAGCCAACUCCUAAAAAAGAACCUCCUUUGAAAACAGGCAAAACUAAACCACCUUCCAGUGCCAGUAGCAAACAGGAAACCUCUGGCAAACCAGAUGACUCAGACACAUCUACCAUGCCCAGAAAAUUGACUAGAUCACUAUCAGCCCGUGUUUCAAGAUUGGCAACUGUCUCCCGACCAACCCAUACUGACACAGAUUCAGAAGCUGAUGAUAAGCCUAAUGACUCAAAGAUCCUCAAAGAUAGCAACAAGAAGAACAUCAAAGGCCGUCCACCGGUAAUGAAGUCUCCAGUCACGGCGCCGCCGCCCCCUGAGCCGUCCGAGAGGCGGUGCACUGUGCGCGGCUGUGAUUCCACGGGACAUUUAGGUGGUAAAGCGAGCAAGCACUUCACAUGGGACGCGUGCCCGCUAUACCACAAUGUAACUGGCGCGUGGUGUGUCGCCGCGGGAGAAGAACGAGCUGCAGCAGCUUCCACGCGGCGCAGAGCGCUGCACGCGCUGCAGCAGCGCCCGCGCGCCAUGCCAACCAUUGAGCAGCGCGCUUACCAGCUCAAGGUGAAGGACAUGCGCUCGAAAUGGAAAGGCAGUCAAGAACUACGUGAAAAACUAGCUGCUUCGGGUGGAGAGGAAACUACAGAAGAUAGAGAACCUAUAUUAGAUGGAUUCGCUCCUGACUACGAUUUGAGAUUGUUCAGAGAGGCUCAAGCAUUAGCCGCCAUCAAAAUUGAAGAGGAACUUGGUGACAUACACACGGAUAAAGGGACCAGGUUCGUGGUAAUGGGCCGGUACAAAAUGGAGGUUUGGUACCAAUCACCUUAUCCGGGCGACGCUUGCAGAGUGCCUCGUCUGUUUGUCUGCGAAUACUGUUUAAGUCACCACACUUCAGCUACUGGCGCUUCAAGGCACAAAGCCAAAUGUGUGUGGCGACAUCCACCCGGAGAUGAGGUGUACAGAAAGGACAAGCUCAGUGUUUGGCAAGUGGACGGCCGAAAGCACAAGCAGUACUGCCAGCAGUUAUGCUUGCUUGCCAAGUUUUUCCUCGACCACAAGACUUUGUACUACGACGUGGAACCGUUCUUGUUCUACGUGAUGACUUGCGCCGAUGACGAGGGAUGCCACGUCGUUGGGUACUUUAGCAAGGAAAAGAACUCGUUCUUAAACUACAACGUGUCUUGUAUAUUGACAUUGCCACCGUACCAGCGGCAGGGUUACGGAAGACUACUCAUAGACUUCAGUUACUUGCUCACAAAGGUGGAGGGUAAAGUCGGUUCGCCUGAGACUCCCCUCUCUGAUCUUGGUCUCAUAUCGUAUCGUUCUUACUGGAAGGAAGCGCUACUUCGUCGGCUUUGCUCAGCGCCUGGCCCUACCUUAUGCAUCAGGGACCUUAGUAAAGACCUGGCGAUAGCCUCUUCAGACAUCGUGUCCACCCUCCAAGAGAGAGGACUGAUGAAGUAUUGGAAGGGCAAGCAUAUUGUGUUAAAGAAACAGGAGGUACUAGAGGAAGUCUCCCGGCGCGCUGAGCGUGCGCGCUGCGUGGAGGCAUCGUGCCUGCGCUGGUCGCCCCCAGCAGCUCCCGCACCCCCCCGCUGACGCCGCGCCGGGCGCGCGCGGCCCCGGCCCCGUCGACCGCCGCGCCUGCGCCCCAACAGCAGCGCCGCGCGCGCGCUGCUCUAGACCCGCGCCCGCUGCACAGGUAUUGCCGUUAAAACGGCGACCUCUUGGCGGUUAAAAAGUACCUGCAAAUCGUAUAAAACUCGCAAAUCCGAGCGGACUAGUUCGGACGACUCCACAUCACCGAGCGAAGCGGAGAGAGGCCAAUCGCCGCAACGGAAAAGCGAAAAUCUGCGUCCGUCGACGACAGCAAAUAGAUCAGCAUCUACUUCUACGUCUUCGAGUUCUUCCUCUAGUCUCAAACGAUCUGUAGCUAUUUCAAAACGAUUGGCGACCUUGAGAUCACAUUCUUCUAACCCAAAUCAAGAAUCGACGAGUGCAUCUUUGAAAUCUUCCGGCACAGCAGCAUAUCGAGAAUCGACUAGUCGAUCUUUAAAAUCUGCCGUCACAAUAGCACAUAGAGCAUCGAGGAGUGCAUCUUUGAAAUCUUCCGUCACAGCAGCGCAUCGAGCAUCGACUAGCGGAUCUUCGAAAUCUUCUAAAGCAUCUGUCACAACAGUGGUUUCAUCGCGCGUUUCACAUAAAUCACAAUCAUCCACAUCGCGAGCAUCAAGGUCUGCCACUAGAUCUUCGGCGCCAUCACCGCUUCCAAACCGAUCGGCGAGCUCAGCUUCAUCCAAUCCGAAGCCUAUUCAAUCACCUUCACCUUCAUCAUCAUCAAACUCUUCUUACACAACAGCAAACUCAGCAUCGCCGACUAUUCUCUCAUUCACGCCGCCUUUGACUCCAGCUACAAUCUCAUCUUUGUCGACAACGCCGCCACCGUCAGCUUCGAUGUCGUUACCACCUCUAUCGCCUUCAUCAUCAUCAACGACGACAUCGCCCGAAUAGUUUUAUACGUGAAACGGUCCGUUUGAACAUAAAACCGCGUCAUUUCAAUUGGUUUCACUACUACCUAGUGAUACAGUGCAACAAUAGACUUCUGACUUUAGUGCAGCGAUGGCUUGUAGUUAUUAUGAGCAAGUUUGUGUUAAUGUUAGUUAUGUGUUUCGAUGUCGCAAUUGUACAUAGUUUUACUAUAAGAGAUAAAGCAAUAAAACAAUUAACAGUAAAUGAAAGAAUGUGUAAACAAAAAUAUUUACCUAACUCGAAAGGAGUCGUUGACGGGUCACAAGUUGUAAAUUGUAGUUGUAAGUCGUUACGUAUUUUAUUUUUCGAGAUUUUUGACUUGAAUGCCUCAUAUAAAUAAUAUAUAUGUAUAAAAUUUAUUAAAAAAAUAUUUAUAAUCCUCAUUAACUUAUGUUUUUGCGUACGUUCAAAGUUUUAAUGAUCUCAAUAAUAAUAUAUUAUAUUUUUCUCUAUCAGUAAUCAGGAAUUAUGUACUUGCAUGGUGGAUUUUAAUGAUGAUUUUUUUUAUACUAUAAGUUUUGUUUUAUCACUACACAAUAAGUAAAGUCAAGAGAGAAUUAUAUAAUACUUGCAGAUAAUAAUAUACGAUCCUAGAGAUAAAAUAAAAAUAAGAUAUUUGUUUGAGUUUAUAGAGCCUGAAACUUUGUUGUAAUCAGUAAAUAAUAAUAAGUGCCCGAUGAGAUACUUAUGAUUAUUUAUAGUCAAAGUUUGUAGUCUUCCUUUAAUCACGUUAUCAGUAUGGCACUAUGAAAGUUCUAUGGAAAACAGCUAUGUGUGCAUGGGACCCUUAUUAAAGCACGUGUGUACCAUUAAUAAGAAAAAUUCCAGAAAGCUUUUCAGAAAUGUUUGUUUAAGCUUAUUUACGGAUGCUACAAAUACAUGCAUCAAAAGUAAAUAAUAGUAUGUAAUAAAAGUAACAAAAUAAAAUAAAUAAAUUAAAAUGGUACCUACCUACACACGAAGUUAGUACCGCAAGGAUUUCUGUACAAUUUCUUUAGCUAUAUUGUCACGGACUCGGUAUAUUGUUAAAGAUUUUCGCUCACUGUACUGUUAUCGUGUUAUUUAUAGUUAAGUAUAGAUAAUUAAAAUAAACAUACAAAUUUAACUUCUUCAACAGUAAAUAAUAUGAUUUUAAUGUUGAUCAAAAUGUAUAUUUUGAACUUCUCAUUGCAAAUACAACCGCCUAUCCGACGUCCUACAUUUAUGGGUAUCAUUAUAACACAUAUUGGUACAUAUUGUGUCCCCUAGUUUGGUUUUAAAACUACUUUAAGAUAAUUAAAAAUGAAUAAAAAUUUACUUGUCACGAGACAUGACGCUAGCUCAGGACUUAACACACACCGACUGCUUUUUUCACGUGUCAAUUUAAUUUCUCAAGCAUUUGUGCUAGGAUCCACGCCUGCAUACAUUACUAGUUUUAUUAAUGAACAAAUAUUCGUUAUUAUUCAUUAUUAAGAGGGUAUUCGGACUUUUGGCGGGAUCGGGAAGCGUCACUUUAGCAGUUUUGUAUUUCUUGUUAAAAAUUGUGUUGUGGCGGAUGUUAGUGUAUAAUAAUGGUGGGUUAUUAACCACUAAAUGUUCGGGAACAUGCACAAGUGUUGGCAAGUGAAACAAAAUAGCGGAAAGUAUCUUUAGACGUUACCUCAAGAAGUCCACGGGGAGGUUCCAGUAAAUCCCCACACUUUUACUGAAACAUAGGGAAAGGGGAAUUGACUUGACUGCCACUUACUUUGACUUGAUUUAUUACUUGACCACGAGUGCUAUAGUAUUUAUAAACAUUUUAACAUUUGACAUUGGCUAAAUGCACGAGCCGUGCGAAGCCAUUUAGAAAAAAAGAGUGUAUUCAUCUAAAUAAAUCCCGAGGUCACUUAAGUUCCUUGAGGUAAAAGUCAUCCAUUAUUUUGAACUAAAUAAUUUCACUUCUUUUUAUCCAGAUGGAAAAUUAAAUUUUCUAUAAUCCUCUCUAAAAAAAAAGUAUGGGUAUGAUAUAAAAUUCCUCCUAAUUAAUAAGUAGGAGGAAAGUUGAACUUUUACCAGUCGCCUAAAUAAAUGUCCGGAAAGUACCUAUAUAAUUUUAACUAAAAUUUUCACAAUUUUAAUAAUGGUCGUUCUAAAUACCGUGUCGAGAUAUAUUUUAGUCCGUAUUCGAUAGCAGAACUAGAGUUAGAUAGUUAAAUCGUUAUUGAUAGAUAGCUAAAUUUUUAAAGACACUCUUUUCGUAAAUUUUUAUAUUUUAUAAUAUUUUUAUAUUCUAAUGUCAUACUAAUGGACAGCGAAUGAUUGUUUGAUAUUGAAAUGUUACUUAAGAAUGAAAACGGGUUUUUAUAUUUUAUAUAAUAUAACGUAUAAUUAUUUAUUAUCGGAAUUCAGUCUAAAAUAGACUUAAUGAAAUAAAAUAUCUUGAUGUAUUUGAUAUUUCCUUUCGUAUAAUAAUUGUGUAAGUAUUAUUGCAUUUGAACAUAUUUUUUAUUGUAAAUACUUAUUUAAUUAAUAUUGACUGUACAAACCAGAUUUAUUAUAUCCAUUGCAUGACAUACAAAUGUGUUAAUUCUUUGUACAGUAUACACAGUGAAUUUUGAGUUAUCUAAGAAACUUUACUAGCUAAUUAAAACAACGAUUGAGGGCAUAUUAAUGAAAAAGAUUUUUUUAAUUUCUCCGCGUUAAAUUUUAACUGUCAUAAAUUGAUUCCAAUAAAUCCACUUUAAGGAUCUAUGGCGCAGCCAACCUGUGGCGUGGCUUUUCGAGAUACACAAGUGCUUGUAACGGCCUAGACUGAAUAAACGAUAUUGUUUUUUUUUUCAUGUACUUAAAACGGAUAAUAAUUGCAUAAUAGAUAUGUUAUUUACAAAUUUACAAUUUUUUUCAAUAUUUUGUAAACGACAUAAAUUACAUAGUUUACUGUUUAUAAGUUUUCUAUUAUUUAUUUAAACGAUUUAAGUUUCUUAGGUAACGCAAAAUUCACAUUGUAUAAUUAUUACGAGAACGCAUUUGAAACCCGUUUUUAAAACCGAAUUGCAAAUGAAUGAAACAAGAAUUACAAUAAAAUGUAACAGUAAAAAUUGCAGAUGGACAAUUCUAUUAAAUAUAUAAGUAAAGAUGUUUUUA